AGUAAUCUGUUAACCCUCUCCUGAUGCCCAUCAUCGGCCUCGCCCUCACCGGAGCACCGAACUGGUACUCCUUGCUCGCGGGGGAAAAGUUCUCAUCUUUCUCCCCGAGCUCACCUCGGCAUCCCCGACGGUCUGGGUCGCCACAGCCAACUUCUCCACUAGCUGGCCGACCUCCACCCCUUCCUUCGCCUUGGCCAGCGUGAGGCGCACGAAGCUGCCAAGGGUCGUAGGGGAUGUGAGCGGCACGGCGUUGACCCAGUUGACAGCGGUGAUGUCGAGCGCGUUGGGGAGGACGUGCCCCUGCACGGCGGCCACGUGCGUCGGGUGCGCUGCGUAGGACGCCAGGCUCUCCCUGGUGGCAUGGCGGGUGUGGAGGAGGUGCGUGGGGCUGGUGAGGUGGUGCGAGGCCAUUGCGGCAACGCACGCACGGUGUUCGGUGGAUUGCCACCACGGAUGGCGGCGCUACGGAGCAGAGGAGGUGACGGGGACGGGGGCUGGACCCCUAAGCGGAGCCCCACUACAGCCGUCCCACCGACCCGGGAGUCCGGGACCCAAUGGCGUCGUCAUCGAUGGCAUCGUUGUCGCGUCGUUCCGUCUUGCACGCCUCCUACACCCGCUCGCAGUUUUCCGCGACCGACAUCUGCAGCCACUUCAUUCCUCUCGUCUCGAAGUACGUACUUUAGAACCCUAGAUGCAGCGACCUGGAUGGUGUCCCAUCGCUGCCGACGGCCUCGUGCGCGCUCCUCCGGUCGAAGUCCUGGCCGACAACGAUCUUGUUUCUAAUGUUUUAAAACUUUUUACAAGAACUUGCAUAUUUCUAUAUUGGAUGUCAGGUGCUCAAGUAUGGAAGAACUUGUUUCGAAUUAAUGUUUUAAAACCUUUUAC